AUGAAGGUGAAGGAAGAGAAGGCUGGGGUGGGAAAGCUGGACCCCACUAACUACAGGAGGAGAUAUCCAGAACGGAAAGACUGCCCUUCCAUCCACAUUGGGCUUCCAGUCCCCAGUUACCCCCAAAGAAAAAGUGACCAGAAGGGACAUCUUUCAGGCCUGCAAAAUGUCCGCUGGGGCCUGCGGCUGGACAAGCCACAGCAGGAGCUGACUGGGCCAGGGAGCCAGGCCAGCAGCCGGGACAGCAGCAUGGAUCUCAUCAGCCGGACUCGGUCUCCAGCUGCUGAGCAGCUCCAGGACAUCCUGGGGGAGGAAGAUGAGGCGCCAAACCCCACCCUCUUCACAGAGAUGGACACUCUGCAGCAUGACGGGGACCAGAUGGAGUGGAAGGAGUCAGCCAGGUGGAUAAAGUUUGAAGAAAAGGUGGAGGAAGGAGGUGAGCGCUGGAGCAAGCCCCAUGUGUCUACACUGUCCCUGCACAGCCUCUUUGAGCUCCGCACCUGCCUGCAAACGGGGACAGUGCUGCUGGAUUUGGACAGCGGGUCCCUGCCACAGAUCAUAGAUGAUGUCAUUGAGAAGCAGAUUGAGGAUGGGCUCCUGCGGCCUGAGCUCCGGGAGAGGGUCAGCUACGUCCUCCUGAGGAGGCACCGUCACCAAACCAAGAAGCCCAUCCACCGCUCCUUAGUCGACAUUGGAAAGUCGGUCUCCACCACGAAUCGCAGCCCCGCCCGGAGCCCAGCGCCAGGCCCGAGUCUACACCACUCCACCGAGGACCUGCGGAUGCGGCAGGGCGCAGAUUACGGACGUCUGUGUCACGCCCAGAGCAGGAGCAUGAAUGACAUUUCCCGGACACUAAACACAGACCAGCGGAAAAACAAAUUUAUGAAGAAGAUCCCGAAGGACUCAGAGGCCUCCAACGUGCUCGUGGGUGAGGUGGACUUCCUGGACCAGCCAUUCAUCGCCUUCGUACGUCUCAUCCAGUCUGCCAUGCUGGGCGGGGUGACCGAGGUGCCCGUCCCCACCAGAUUUCUGUUUAUACUACUGGGUCCUUCCGGGAGAGCAAAAUCCUACAAUGAAAUUGGCCGCGCCAUUGCAACCCUCAUGGUGGAUGACCUCUUCAGCGAUGUGGCCUAUAAAGCUCGCAAUCGGGAAGAUCUGAUCGCAGGGAUUGAUGAGUUUCUGGAUGAGGUCAUUGUCCUUCCCCCUGGAGAAUGGGACCCAAAUAUCCGAAUCGAGCCCCCCAAAAAAGUGCCCUCUGCUGACAAGAGGAAAUCUGUGUUCUCCCUGGCGGAGCUGGGCCAGAUGAACGGCUCUGUAGGAGGAGGUGGUGGUAUGGCUGCAGGAGGCGGCGGCGGAGGUGGCUGCGGGGCUGGUGGCAGUGGCACCAGUGGAGCCAGCGGCGGGGAUGACGGAGAGAUGCCAGCUGUGCAUGAAGUCGGAGAAGAGCUUAUCUGGACAGGAAGGUUCUUUGGUGGCCUGCUCCUGGACAUCAAGAGGAAGCUGCCCUGGUUCCCAAGUGACUUCUAUGAUGGUUUCCAUAUUCAGUCCAUCUCUGCCAUCCUAUUCAUCUACCUCGGCUGUAUCACCAACGCAAUCACCUUUGGUGGGCUUCUGGGCGAUGCCACGGACAAUUAUCAGGGAGUGAUGGAGAGCUUCCUGGGCACUGCCAUGGCUGGCUCCUUGUUCUGCCUCUUCUCGGGACAGCCUCUCAUCAUCCUCAGCAGCACAGGGCCCAUUCUCAUCUUCGAGAAGCUCCUCUUUGACUUCAGCAAAGGCAACGGCCUGGACUACAUGGAGUUCCGCCUCUGGAUUGGCCUACACUCAGCUAUCCAGUGCCUUGUCCUGGUGGCCACAGAUGCCAGCUUUAUCAUUAAAUACAUCACCCGCUUCACCGAGGAGGGCUUCUCCACCCUCAUCAGCUUCAUCUUCAUCUAUGAUGCCAUCAAGAAGAUGAUCAGUGCCUUCAGGUACUACCCCAUCAACAUGGACUUCAAGCCCGACUCCAUCACCACCUACAAAUGCGAGUGCGUCGCCCCUGACACAGUGAAUACAACUGUGUUCAAUGCUUCAGCCCUGCUGGCACCCAACACCAACGCUUCUCUGUACAACCCCCUCAACCUCACAGCCCUGGACUGGUCCCUGCUGAGCAAGAAGGAGUGUCUGAGCUACGGAGGGCGCCUGCUCGGGAAUUCCUGCCAGUACAUCCCAGACCUGGCACUCAUGUCCUUCAUCCUUUUCUUUGGGACAUACUCCAUGACCCUGACGCUUAAGAAGUUCAAAUUCAGCCGCUAUUUUCCUACCAAGGUCCGGGCCUUGGUCGCUGACUUUUCCAUCGUUUUCUCCAUCCUGCUCUUCUGUGGAAUUGAUGCCUGUUUUGGCCUGGAAACCCCCAAGCUGCACGUUCCCAGUGUCAUCAAGCCCACACGGCCUGACCGAGGCUGGUUCGUGGCCCCCUUUGGGAAGAACCCAUGGUGGGUGUACCCUGCAAGCAUCCUACCUGCCCUGCUGGUGACCAUCCUGAUCUUCAUGGACCAACAGAUCACAGCUGUCAUUGUCAACCGGAAGGAAAACAAGCUGAAGAAGGCUGCUGGCUACCACCUGGACCUGUUCUGGGUGGGCAUUCUCAUGGCCCUGUGCUCCUUUAUGGGGCUCCCCUGGUACGUGGCUGCCACAGUCAUCUCCAUCGCCCACAUCGACAGCCUCAAGAUGGAGACAGAGACCAGUGCCCCAGGGGAGCAGCCCCAGUUCCUGGGGGUCAGGGAACAGAGAGUGACAGGCAUCAUCGUCUUCAUCCUGACAGGAAUCUCCGUCUUCCUGGCUCCCAUCCUGAAGUACAUCCCCAUGCCGGUACUGUACGGAGUCUUCCUCUACAUGGGUGUGGCCUCCCUCAACGGCAUCCAGUUCUGGGAACGCUGUAAGCUCUUCCUAAUGCCUGCCAAACACCAGCCAGACCACGCCUUCCUGCGGCACGUGCCUCUGCGCCGGAUCCACCUCUUCACCCUGGUACAGAUCCUCUGCCUGGCGGUGCUGUGGAUCCUCAAGUCCACGAUGGCGGCCAUCAUCUUCCCCGUCAUGAUCCUGGGCCUCAUCAUCGUUCGAAGGCUUCUGGACCUCAUCUUCUCCCAGCAUGAUCUGGCCUGGAUUGACAACAUCCUCCCAGACAAGGACAAAAAGGAGACUGACAAGAAGAGGAAGAGAAAGAAAGGGACCCAAGAGGACUGUGAUGAGGAGCCCCAGUUCCCUCUUCCCUCAGUUAUAAAGAUUCCCAUGGAAAGUGUUCAAUCAGAUCCCCAAAAUGGUAUCCACUGCAUUGCCAGAAAAAGAUCUUCCAGUUGGAGUUACUCACUCUGAUUCUUCCUUCAGUGACUCAGAACUUGAUCGAAGCAUCACCUUACACUUCAAAAUCUCCUGUCCAGCUUCACCUGCCUUCAACUACUCGAGAAGCUCAGUGUUCAUGGUGCCACAGGUGAAGAUAGAGAUGGAGUCAGACUAUGACUUCACUGACGUGGACAAAUACCGAAGAGAAGCUGACGGCGAGACCACCCUCUGAGAUGACGCAGCUUCUCCCAGAUCAGGGAUAGAGGGAGGGCCUGGUUUAAUCUUAACUGGGAGAGUCUUAACUUCUCUGUGCCUGUUUCCUUCUUCACCAGAGGGAGUCCUUUUGCCUGAUAGAGACCAGGGCAGCACCUGUGGCUCAAAGGAGUAGGGCGCUGGCCCCAUAUGCUGGAGGUAGUGGGUUCAAACCCAGCCCCAGCCAAAAGCAAACAAAAAACCCAAAAAAACUUGAGAUCUGUCAAUGUACUACCUAGGUACAAAGCUUUCCUCUCCCCUUCCCUCUGUAGUUACUAAAACACCAAAAGUUAAAACAUUAUACCUUAUUUUAAAAUGCAGUCCACCAUAGAAAUUGUAACAUUUCUUUUGAAAUGAAAAAAAUGCUUGUUUCCCAAAACCAUAGCUAAGAUAAAUGGGCAAUAGUCAAUUUGUGUUGAAGACAAAUAACAACUUAAAAAAUAUAUAAAGGUUAGAUUUAAAUCUAGAUGGUCUUAAAGUACUCUCACAUCCAUAGAGCAUGGUUGGAAUUUUUGUUUUGCACAUUAAGAAAUGCUGAAAAGGUCGGAUCUUUUUUGUCUGUUGCAUUCAGUUUUCUAAGUGUUGUAUGAAAAGUUUGAACCAUCUGCAUUAUGGGCCUUGUUCCACAGUGUGACUGGGGCUUUCCCAGAUUCCAAAAAUCUGUUAAUGAAAGAACCAAUGCAUUUGAGUGGAUAAUCUUUUUUUAAAUAAAAUAGUUCUUGUUAAAGUGAAAUUUUGAACCACAUGUGAAAUCAACAAAAUGACCCCUUAAAUUAGUAUCACUGGUUUUUCAUAGCUAGAAUCAUAUUUCUUUAUACAUUUGGGUAGGUCCUUCCUGCAAAUUUUCAAUGCUGAUUCCUAAAGUCAAACUCCCAUUCUCACCAACAUUACAUGUCAGAGCUAAUGUCACAUUUUGGAAGAUUGUAACUUUGUAGUACUGAUCACACUAGUACUUUAAAGGAAUGACUGGAAGCAAUUUGGGUAGAUUAAAAGCAGAUAUUAAAGAAGUAAACCUCUUCCACAUGAAACUUAAGAUCGGUCAUUUUAUCCUCAAUCCACAUUUAACAAACGCAAACCAUGUUUAUUUAACACCAACUACGUGCUUGAUAGCCACAAAGUUAUCUGACAUUUACUUUCUCCCAAACAAUUAUGGAUUUCAAUCUUUGGUUAGUUACUACAUUUACUCAAGAUGACAAUGCAGGUGCUUGCUUUUUAAAAGAAGAAUGACACUAGAUCACUAACACCUUGUGUAUCAGAACUGGUAAUUGCCCCAGAGCCUAGUAUAGUGAGUGCCUGGUCCAUAGAAAGCCCUCAGUAAGUGUGUAUUAAAUUUAAUCUCAAAAAAGAAGGAAAAAAAAAGAAGAAAAAAAAUACAUUUAAUCUCAGAGCUCCCUUCUAAGGGAUACUGCCAAGAGGUAAAACUCUAAACUUCUAUCACUCCUACUGAUAGCAGAAUUACUUAGCUGUUCACUAAUCCAGAACUAUCUCCUGAACUUAAGGAUAAAUUGUCUUCAUCUGCACCAAUCUUGGGAGAGCUAACAAUCUACUCUUAGCAUUUCAGUUUUAAAAGAUGGCUGAUCUGGAAUGGCACUCUGUUCAAAUUGUAGAAAUGUUAUGGAUUCAGGAGUAAACCCACUUGAUUAAUUGAACAAGCUAGAAAACUACCAUGUUAAUCUUUUGUUGUAAAUUGAUCACUGUAAUUUUUACCUUACAAGUCAUUUGUAUUUUGUGUAUAUAUGAACAUUUUAAUUUCCAGAGCUUUUCAGAGGUUGACAUAUUAUUACUUCUUCAUACAGUAAGCUAGUAAUUUUUUCCACUUGUAACUAUAAUUCAAUAAAACGUAAUCCUGUCUGUUCAUCUUGCUCUAUGUUUAAUUAUUUAGGUAAGUCAGGAGGCAUGGCUUACAGACAAGAGCUGUACCUCACUUACAAAAACAUCUCCAGCAAACUGUCCUCUUCUUUUAUCUAAGAAAACUAUCAAAAGAAUAAAGCCAGCUGGCAGAAGACCAAGGCAGGAGGGAGGUCAACUCCCCGAUUGUUCUGCUGCCUAGCAGGAGCUACUCUGCUGGCAUGAAAGUCAAAACACACAAGGGCCUAUCCCUGACUCAAAAUAGGCAAAGAAAGCAAACACCUUAUAAUCUGUCAAAUCAAACUCAUGGUUUAAACACACGCGCACACACAUGCAUGCACAUACACACACACAGGAAGAAAAGAGACUAACCUCUUAAAUGAACCUUACACAUUCAGCUCCUGGCUUGGCACUAGACAGGUUUCUCCACAGCUCCUGGACUAGACUGGUUUCUCCACAGCUCUUUAAACCUAUCUGUGUAAGGCUAUAGGACUAAGUGUUACUAAUCAUAGAAUUAUCUAUAUUAAUAAUAUUCAGUGAGAAAAAAAC